UCCGACCAACGCUCGGCGUUUUUCGCCUGCGUUCGGCCGCAGUCCUGUAAGGGCGCCCAUGCAGCCGGGGUUGCCGGCCCAGAGGAAGGCCAUGGCGCCGCUGCUGGAGUACGAGAGGCAGUUGGUGCUGGAACUGCUCGACACCGACGGGCUGGUGGUGUGCGCGCGCGGACUCGGAGCGGACCGGCUCCUCUACCAUUUCCUGCGGCUGCACUGCCAUCCGGCCUGCCUGGUGCUGGUGCUCAACACGCAGCCGGCCGAGGAGGAGUAUUUUAUCAAUCAGCUGAAGAUAGAAGGAGUUGAACACCUCCCUCGCCGUGUGACAAAUGAAAUCGCAAGUAACAGUCGCUAUGAAGUGUACACACAAGGUGGUAUUAUAUUUGCAACAAGUCGAAUACUUGUCGUUGAUUUCUUGACUGAUAGAAUACCUUCAGAUUUAAUAACUGGCAUUCUCGUGUACAGAGCCCACAGGAUAAUUGAGUCUUGUCAGGAAGCAUUCAUCUUGCGUCUCUUCCGCCAGAAAAACAAGCGAGGUUUCAUUAAAGCUUUCACGGAUAAUGCUGUUGCCUUCAAUACUGGUUUUUGUCAUGUGGAAAGAGUGAUGAGAAACCUUUUUGUGAAGAAGCUAUACCUGUGGCCAAGGUUUCACGUCGCAGUUCACUCAUUCCUAGAGCAGCACAAACCUGAAGUCGUAGAAAUUCAUGUGUCCAUGACACCCGCCAUGCUUGCCAUCCAGACUGCCAUCCUGGACAUUUUAAAUGCCUGUUUAAAGGAACUGAAGUGCCACAACCCGUCGCUUGAGGUGGAAGAUUUGUCUUUAGAAAAUGCUAUUGGAAAACCUUUUGACAAGACAAUUCGCCAUUAUCUGGACCCUUUAUGGCACCAGCUUGGAGCCAAGACUAAAUCCUUGGUCCAAGACUUGAAGAUCCUGAGAACUUUGCUCCUUUAUCUAUCUCAAUAUGACUGUGUCACAUUUCUGAAUCUUCUGGAAUCUCUCAGAGCAACAGAAAAGGCUUUUGGUCAAAAUUCAGGUUGGCUUUUCCUUGACUCUAGCACCUCCAUGUUUGUAAAUGCUCGGGCAAGAGUUUAUCAUGUUCCAGAUGCCAAAACAAGCAAAACAGGCAAAACAUCUGAAAUACUGGAGAUUAAAGAAGGGCAAGAAACAAAAAAGGAACUGGUCCUAGAAAACAACCCGAAAUGGGAGGCGCUGACCGAAGUACUGAAAGAAAUUGAAGCAGAAAAUAAAGAGAGUGAAGCCCUUGGUGGCCCAGGUCAAGUGCUCAUCUGUGCCAGUGACGACCGCACAUGCUCCCAGCUGAAAGACUACCUGACCGCUGGAGCUGAAGCCUUCCUACUGCGGCUGUACAGGAAAACCUUUGAGAAGGACAGCAAAGCUGAGGAAGUGUGGAUGCAACUCAGAAAGGACGACAGCUCAAAGAGGCCUGUGAAAUCUCACAAAAGACCCAAAGACACCCACAACAAAGACUGGGCUUCCAACAAAGACAAGGCUCUCAAAAGGAAAAGACGAAGGCUGACUCUAACUCAGAUGAUGGGAAAUUCCAGAGAACUGGAAGGGGAAGGGGAUGUUGAGGAAGGGCAGCAGAGAGAAAUAAGCAGCAGCCCAGAAAGCUGCCUUGGAGAAAUAAAGCAUGAAGAGUUUGAUUUAAAUUUGUCAUCGGACGCUGCCUAUGGACUCCUGAAAGAUCCACUGACCAUCAUCCAUCCACUUCUAGGUUGUAGUGAUCCCUAUGCCCUGACGAGGGUACUGCAUGAAGUGGAACCCAGAUAUGUGGUUCUGUAUGAUGCAGAGCUCACCUUUGUCAGGCAGCUGGAAAUAUACAGGGCAAGUAGGCCUGGGAAACCUCUGAGGGUUUACUUUCUUAUCUAUGGAGGUUCCACAGAAGAGCAGCGCUACCUGACCGCUUUGCGGAAAGAAAAAGAAGCUUUCGAAAAACUCAUAAGGGAAAAGGCUAGCAUGGUUGUCCCUGAAGAACGUGAAGGUAGAGAUGAAACCAACCUGGACUUAGCAAGAGGCACAGCAUCGACCAGCACUCCUGCCGACACGCGCAAAGCCGGUGGCCAGGAACAGAAUGGCACACAGCACAGCAUAGUUGUGGACAUGCGAGAGUUUAGAAGUGAGCUUCCCUCUCUGAUCCAUCGCCGAGGCAUUGACAUUGAACCUGUGACGUUAGAGGUUGGAGAUUACAUUCUGACACCGGAGAUGUGCGUGGAGCGCAAGAGUAUCAGUGACCUGAUCGGCUCCCUUAACAAUGGCCGCCUGUAUAGCCAGUGCGUCUCCAUGUCCCGCUACUACAAGCGCCCCGUGCUCCUCAUUGAGUUUGACCCCAGCAAGCCCUUCUCUCUUACAUCCCGAGGUGCCUUAUUCCAGGAGAUCUCCAGCAGUGACAUCAGCUCCAAACUUACCCUCCUCACACUUCACUUCCCCAGACUCCGGCUCCUCUGGUGUCCUUCUCCCCACGCCACUGCUGAGUUGUUUGAGGAACUAAAACAAAAUAAACCACAGCCAGAUGCAGCCACAGCCAUGGCCAUAACAGCAGACUCCGAAACCCUCCCAGAGUCAGAAAAGUAUAGCCCAGGUCCCCAGGACUUCUUAUUAAAAAUGCCAGGGGUCAAUGCCAAAAACUGCCGCUCCCUGAUGAACCAUGUGAAGAACAUUGCAGAGCUAGCAACCCUGCCACAGGACAAACUUGCCAGCAUCCUGGGGAACACAGGGAAUGCCAAACAGCUUUAUGACUUCAUUCACACCACAUAUGCAGAAGUCCUAUCUAAAGGGAAAAUGAGAAAGUGAGCAGUGGAGGCUGUUGGCUCCUGUGACUACUUGUUAGCUAGUCUUUUGUCAACCGGGGUCAUUAUUCUAUGCACAAAAGUUCUUUGUUUUCCAGUGCUUUUGAUGAGUAUGCACUCUGUCUACAAGGUGAGCCAAGACAGUGUUCCUCCCUCUGCACUGUGCUGUCCUGUCUUCUUACCUUCUCUCUGCCUGCUUUCUCCCCUCCCCGCACUGCCCACAGCAAACUUGCUAGAGUCCAUGCCUAAAUGAGAUAUGGCAAGAUCCAGCAAGUGUGUACAGCAGGCCAUCAUGAGGCAAGCAGAAUUGAUUUUUCUCACACAGGCUGUCUACACAGCCCAGUAGAGCCUGAGGAGGGAACACUCCAUCCUUUACAGUUCCUUCCGCCCAUGCUCUUCAAUUGCUCCCACCUCUGCCUUGAAGGGACAGCUUAGUACUUAUUUAAGGCAACACUUUCAAAAUUGGCAACUAGUCUCCUGAUCAACUAAAUGUUUGUGUCAUAUAAUAUCAACUUGGUUGUUAAACCAGCAUUUUUAACACAUAAAAUGAAUUGCUUGUUUACAAAAUGUGAUGGUUUCAUGAAGGAAUUCUUAGAAUCCUCAGUGUUUGUAACAUUCAUCUUUCAGAGUCCCAAGAUCCCAAAACCCAAAUGGUGUCACAGUCUUACAAGACUUACUUCCCCCAGCUUUCUUCAUUAGCUUAAAAAUACCAGCACCUUAUCCCAAAACCACCCCAUCUACUUUCACUGUCCACCACCCAUGCUCCUGUGUGGACUGCUGCUUCCUUCCCAGAGUGAGGAGUAAAUACAAGCAAAGGAGGGACCCACACACUUUCAAGAUUGGGGUUUUUCUCCAAGUUAAGUGAUCUUAGAUUAAUAGUAGAUCAGUGCAUAGGAUAUAUAAACAUUCAAAAGAAAUUAUGUAUUUAAAUAUAUGCAUCUAUAAGAAAACUACACAUGCUAAACCUCCUGAUGGAUUUGGGUUGGCUUUUUACUUUUUACCUACAUACAGGAUAUCCAUAGCAUCUUUGUGCUGUUUUUAAACUUUGAUAUUUAAACAUGAUUAACUUAGCUAAUCAUACAUUUAGUAGAAAGCAGUAAAUUUUCUACCUCAAGAACUGAAGUAGACAUCAAUUCUGCUAGCAGUGCCCCACAGUUUAAUAUCUCAUCAGUAUCAGCUAUUUUUGGGUUGUCACAAUAAGCUGAUAAAAAGUGAACCUUCUAACAAGGUAGUCUUCAGCCUUCAGUACAGUUGUCCUUCCGUGUCUAAGAAGGAUUGGUUCCAAAACCUUCCCAGAGUAGCCAGAAUCUGUGGAUACUCGAGUUCUUAUGUAAAGUGGUAUAAUACUUGCGUUGACCCUACACCCAGCCUCAGUGUGCUUCAGCUCAUCUCCUAAUGACUUGUAAUUCAUGAUAUGUGUAAAUGACACAAAAGUAGCUAUUCUAUUUUAUUGUAUAGGGAAUGACAAGGAAAAAGUGUCGUACAAGUUCAGUAGAAAUAUAUUUAUUUUCCUGAAUGUUUCUGAAACUUAAACCUGUGGGUUUGGACCCCUUGGGCAGAAGGACCAGCAGUAUGUGUGGAUAUUGCUUUCUGUACAAGGGCAUUCCAGAAGUGAAUUAGGAUGUCAAGAACCAGAUUGGUUAUCCUUGUACUUCUUUCUACAAGCUGCUGUGAAGGAAAGGGAAGAAGAUAAGCAAACUGAGUGUCACAUGGAAUGAAGAUUGGUGCUAAUAGUUUUGUCCCAGGAUGACAAAUAUACCUUCUAGAACAGAACUCAAACUGCGGCUUGAUCCCAACAUUGAUGUUCUCAUUUACGUCUGUCGUUCUUGUCUUGUCGAACUCAGUGAUGGCUCACAAUGUAUUAAAACAGACAUGCCACUUCUGCAUGUGGUUUCUUGGCA